AUAUCAGUGCGCGAUCGUGCUCCACCCCUCUUGCACUGCGCGCCUGAAUCCCUCCGCGCCACGCUCCCUCCCUCCGGCAGACCGCCCGGCACCGCCCGAGCAGUGACCCGGUAUCGCCCGCAUGGAGCUCAUCACUAUCCUCGAGAAGACCGUAUCUCCCGACCGCAAUGAGUUGGAGGCGGCGCAGAAGUUCCUGGAGCAGGCGGCCAUCGAGAACCAGGCAACUUUCUUGUUGGAGCUCUCAAAGGUCCUUGCAAAUCCUGGGAACAGUCAGGUGGCUAGAGUUGCUUCUGGUUUACAAAUUAAAAACUCCUUGACCUCAAAAGAUCCAGAUGUGAAGACCCAGUACCAACAGCGCUGGUUGGCAAUUGACGCUAACAUCCGUAGGGAAAUAAAAGCUUUGGUGCUGAGAACACUAGGUACAGAGAGCUACAGGCCUAGUUCAGCAUCGCAGUGCGUGGCCGGGAUAGCAUGUGCGGAGAUAACAGUCAAUCAAUGGCCUCAGCUAAUUCCACAGCUUGUUGCCAACGUCACAGACCCAAACAGUACAGAACACAUGAAAGAAUCUACGCUGGAAGCCAUUGGGUACAUCUGCCAGGACAUUGACCCUGAACAACUGCAACACAAAUCCAAUGAAAUCCUGACCGCUAUCAUCCAGGGUAUGAGGAAAGAAGAGCCAAGCAACAAUGUUAGGCUUGCAGCCACAAACGCCCUGCUCAACUCUCUGGAGUUCACUAAAUCUAACUUUGAUAAAGAGUCUGAAAGGCAUUAUAUUAUGCAAGUGGUCUGUGAAGCAACACAGUGUCCUGAUACUAGGGUGCGAGUAGCUGCUCUUCAGAACCUGGUGAAGAUUAUGUCCCUCUACUACCAGUAUAUGGAGACCUACAUGGGACCUGCACUUUUUGCUAUCACCGUGGAGGCUAUGAAGAAUGAAAUAGAUGAGGUGGCUCUGCAGGGAAUAGAAUUCUGGUCCAAUGUCUGUGACGAGGAGAUGGACCUGGCAAUUGAAGCAACCGAGGCUGCGGAACAGGGGAGACCACCAGAACACACCAGCAAGUUCUAUGCGAAGGGAGCGCUGCAGUACCUUGUUCCUAUACUAACGCAAACCCUGACAAAACAGGAUGAGAAUGAUGACGACGAUGACUGGGAUCCCUGUAAGGCUGCUGGGGUUUGCCUCAUGCUCCUUGCUACUUGCUGUGAAGAUGACAUUGUCCCCCAUGUGCUGCCAUUCAUCAAAGAACACAUUAAGAACCCAGACUGGCGCUAUAGGGAUGCAGCAGUCAUGGCAUUUGGCAGUAUACUUGAGGGUCCAGAAGCCUGCCAACUGAAGCCGUUGGUCAUCCAGGCAAUGCCCACACUCAUUGAGCUGAUGAAGGAUCCCAGUGUGGUUGUCAGGGACACUACUGCUUGGACUGUAGGAAGAAUAUGUGAGCUUCUGCCAGAGGCAGCCAUCAAUGAUGUCUACCUCGUUCCACUGCUGCAGUGCCUCAUAGAGGGCCUAGGGGCUGAACCAAGAGUGGCUACAAAUGUCUGCUGGGCUUUCUCUAGCUUGGCUGAGGCUGCGUAUGAAGCCGCUGAUGUAACGGACGACCAAGAGGAGCCAGCUUCCUACUGCUUGUCUAGCUCAUUUGAAGUGAUUGUACAAAAGCUGCUUGAGACGACUGACAGACCUGAUGGACACCAGAACAACCUACGGAGCUCUGCCUACGAAGCCCUAAUGGAGAUAGUAAAGAACAGUGCCAAGGACUGCUACCCUGCUGUGCAGAAAACUACUUUAGUGAUAAUGGAGCGGCUGCAGCAAGUGCUUCAGAUGGAGUCCCACAUACAGAGCACAUCAGAUAGGAUACAGUUUAAUGAUCUGCAGUCCCUUCUCUGUGCUACACUCCAGAACGUACUCCGCAAAGUGCAGCCCCAGGAUGCCCUACAGAUAUCUGAUGUUGUAAUGGCCUCACUGCUGCGCAUGUUCCAGAGCACGGCAGGUUCAGGGGGUGUACAGGAAGAUGCCCUUAUGGCUGUGAGCACUUUAGUUGAAGUACUUGGACCAGAGUUUUUGAAAUACAUGGAUGCAUUUAAACCUUUCCUUGGCAUUGGCCUCAAGAACUAUGCAGAGUAUCAGGUGUGCCUGGCUGCCGUUGGAAUCGUAGGGGAUCUUUGCCGAGCUCUGCAGUCUAAUAUUUUGCAGUUCUGUGAUGAGAUCAUGCAGCUCUUGUUGGAGAAUCUUGGGAAUGAGAAUGUUCAUCGCUCGGUAAAACCACAAAUCCUUUCGGUAUUUGGAGAUAUUGCUCUGGCAAUUGGAGGAGAGUUCAAGAAAUACCUGGAGGUAGUGCUGAAUACUCUGCAGCAAGCCUCUCAAGCUCAGGUGGACAAGACAGACUAUGAUAUGGUGGAUUACCUCAAUGACCUCCGUGAAGGCUGCUUGGAGGCAUACACAGGCAUUAUCCAGGGUCUCAAAGGAGACCAGGAGAACGUUCACCCUGAUGUGUUGCUGGUGCAGCCACGUGUAGAGUUCAUUCUGUCAUUUAUUGAUCAUAUUGCUGGAGAUGAAGAUCAUACAGACAAUGUGGUGGCCUGUGGUGCAGGACUUGUCGGAGAUUUGUGCACAGCAUUUGGGAAGGAUGUUGUCAAAUUGGUGGAGACUCGGCCGAUGAUCCAUGAGUUACUGACAGAGGGCAGGCGAUCAAAGACGAACAAGACAAAAACUCUUGCCACCUGGGCAACCAAGGAGCUGAGAAAGCUAAAAAACCAAGCUUGACCACAGCGCCUGGGUGCAGCUGAUAACCCACUGGAAAUCUAACCUUUUCGAAAACAAAAAAAAUUAUAUCCCGGAAGCGAGACGUAUGAGCGGGGUACUGAAUGUUUGAGAGUGAAAGAGUGAUUGAGUGAGGCUUCAAACAUACCACAUGGAUAAUGCGACCACAGCAGUGCUGUGAGAAGAGCAGACUUCCUGGGAGAGAGGAGUGAGAGCUGUAACAUCAUCCACCUACCUGCUGAGAGGAGCAAGGGCCUCUGGGCCUCCACAAAUUGGGUGUCUGCUUUCACUGCCUUGCGGUCAGGGCAGAGGAGGAGUGACUGGUGUAAAAAAAUUUUCUUUCUUUCUUUUCUUUUUCUUUAUUUUUUUUUUUUAUUGUCCAAACCCCCCUGACAAAUGCAGCCUACACCAUUAAUAGCUGCGCAUAACAUCUCUCUUUAGGGAAGGGGUUCUGUAUGGAAAUAUUCUCAGAGCAAGUGUGUGUGAGUGCGGCGGUAUAACAGUCUGCAGUCUGAACUUCAUUUACUGUUUAUUCUGAGGAGAAGGUGUUAAUGGUGAACUUGCGUCUGGAUUCACCUGAAGGAGUAAUGAUGAUGUUACCAGAUGCACAACACAAGCAUUUCUAGAUUACAAAAUUAAGGUCUGUUUCUCUAGGUUGUUCAAAUUAAUUAAUUAUUAUUUUUUUUAACUGUUUUCCUUUCCAGGGGUGUGUUCUGUACAGCAGGUGCCCCCCCCGGCAGGGAAGUAGUUAAGGGAAACACUGGCUUGGCUACUCUAGUCCUGUAGGAAGCAAGCGGCAUCCUGCGCCGUUAACUUGCUUGUGUCAGUCUGUGAAUGGGGCAAGGAGGAGCAGGGACGUGUAAGAUAAAGAAUAGUAGGAAAACUGCUUAACAAGGAAAGUGCCCCCCACCCUUUUAUAUAAAACCUGGCCGAAGGGUGCAAGGCUUUUUGAGGGAUCUAUCUACCCCUCACAGUGUCGUCCUUUGUAAAGAAAAGGUAGCCCUCAAAUGUGCCAAAGAAUCAAAUCCUUAAAUGUUCAGAAUGUGAAAUGACCUUUUGCUGCAGCCAGGGGGGGAGGGUUGUGGUGCACCAGUUCUACACGUUGCAUUCGCCCUGUGCUUUCUUUGCUACCAUCUAGCAGUGAAAUGGUUAAAUCUAAACAAUUUAAUGAGGCCUAUUGCUUGCACGGUAGAUGCAGUGCUUUUUGUAAGCUGAAGCUACCUUGGUGAGAACAGAUUAAUUUAACCGAGCAAUAGAGCCUCUUUGGGGGUCACUAUUUCCUAAUGAAUUAAUUUGCAUUCUCAAAUUCUUCAGCUCACAGAAUAGCUGCCUCCUUAGGCAAUGGGUACUUCUAAGAUGAACUAAAGUCAUGCUAUGCUAUAGAGCGUGCAAUGCUAACUUUUAUUUCAGAGUCUAAUGUGAUAUUCAAUUUCCUGCACUUAAAAUGAAAACAUUGAAAAAGUAGUUAAAAGAAAAACAAACAAAAAAAAAACUAUAUUAUAGAUACGGACUGGAUGUACGUUGGACCAUGGCACUUGUACAAGGUUCUAUUUUUUCACUGCAGUUAAAUAUUAAUAAAAUGGUGUCAAACAUC